CUUCUCCGUAUCUGUUUCGACACUACCCGCAAAUGAUGGUGAAGGGCAUCCCUGUGCCCACCUGCGAGUGUGACUUAUGGUGACGUGAAGAGUACGUCUUAGCCAGGGCUACCAUGGUCUUUCAAAGAUGUACGAUGGUACGUCGCAAGCACGGUCUCCAUCAGGCAUACCCUCGAGCAAAAUUAACAACCACGGCUCCCAGUCUUGCAUUGCCGCAGUCGCGAUUAUAUUAAGUGCGAUCUGGUCUUGUUUAUUUCGCCCGUGUCGCCCCGAGAGAAGGGAAAAGGGGGGCGGGCCACGUGAUAUAUUUCUAAUUUUUACAACUCCCUCGUCUUGUCUGUUGCCAGCCGGGAUCUGCCACGUUCAACCAACCCACUUUCAUGUUUCCCCACCCUGGCCCCCUUCUUCCUCCAUACUCUCGAAUUGGACAGAUGCUACCUAUCCGUCCCGGAUGUUUAACUCUGCAUGCCUAUGCCCGGGCCAUGCUGGUGUGUUUAAUCCUAUGUUGCCCAAUCGGUUGUAUUAUCACGUUCUCGUGGGUGGACUGCAGGCGAAGACUCCAAGCCCGCAGAGCUCUGGAAGCGUCAGAGAAGCGUCCCUGAUACGGGGCGUUUGUCGGUCAAGUGUCGAUGGGGCCGGCUGAAGCACGAAUAACUUAGAGACACACGCACACUUAACCACCGGCACAAGCUCUCCGUCCACCACCGUCAUGUACCGAACCGAUGCUAGAGGCGGAGGAAACGGCCCGGCAUCAUCCGGAGGGGUAGAGUUGCCAGUAGCGAAAACCAAUGUACGAGGUUCGUACGAAUCUGAUAUAGAUAUCGGCGUUGGUCGAUGCCUUCUUGGCCAA